AGAAGAAAUGCCCUUCGAACGUCUACACUGUCAAAGGUUGCUGCUGCAAGUUCCCAUUCGAUUUCCAGGGGAAGGAGUACGACAAGUGUAUCGAUGCCGGGCACCAGACGCCCUGGUGCUACGUGGAGGAGCAGGAGGAAGGAUGCGGGGAGGAGUAUGGCAGCCUCAUCGUGCACGGGCAUGGAAGACAAGACUUUGAGACUUUCACUCCGAGAAAAGUCAGCAAGAUUAGAGACAAGAAUCACUCGUUCGAGGGAGGAGCGACUAGAUGGUGGGACCAUUGCGAGCCCCCCCAGGUUGUCACCCACUUGGGUUGUAAAUGCAAAUUUCCUUUCAAGUGGAAGGGGAAGGAACACAACAUCUGCAUCUGGGAUGAUCAUAACACACCCUGGUGUGAAGUAGAGGGAGACGAAUGCGGUGCUGGGCAAUACAUCCAUAAGGGCCCUGAAGGAAAGUCGAAGCAUCGCUGGGACAACUGCAUCAUGCCGCCUCCUAAGUCAGAGCCUGGUCACCAGGAGGAGCAGAUACCAAUCCCAGCCAAGUUCAAACCUCGGCGAGAAGGGCGACACUGCGGAGACACCAAGUCGCACUGGCUGGAGCCCUGGCACUUCAACUUCAUGUGUGCGAGUGGCGUGUGCAACUUUCGCUGCAAGAAUCCCAUCUUCUGCCCCAACUGCGACAAUGGUAACUGUCAGUGUAUCGAUCCCAAACCCAGUGGCCAGACGUGCGGCGACGGGACAAAUCGACCGCCAGAAUACUCGCACAACGAGUGCCUGAGCGGUCAGUGUAAUUUUGACUGCAUUCUAUGCACAAACUGUAACGGGGGGAACUGUAAAUGUGAGUGAAGCAAAGGAUGCCGGGCCCGGCCUCGCAACCGGGACAUCAUCUUCGAGUCAAGUGACUACACCGGGCUUAUCAAUGAAACUUGGCAACUAC